GCAGAGCCGCGACCGUGUAGCGUAGCUCGGCCGGGAAUUACGUUAUUAUACGUCGAGCGCAUCGAGUCUCGGGCCAUGCUGCGCUCCUCGGGCGUAGCUGUCGCUUGCUUGCGCGUCGCGUGAACGCGUUUUAUCUCUCGUGCCGUGCUGCGCGAUGCCUUUGGGAUCGCGGAUUACGCCCCUGUGAUCGAUUAUUAUCUGAGGAGGGAUCGGAGGUGUACAAGAUCGUGGAAGUGCCUGGAUCCGUUUGAAGAGGCAGUUAUGAAGACGGAGAUAGAAGAUAUGACGAGCGAUGGCGUGUGCGAAGGCACCGGUCCGAAUCUUGCUACAGCCGAAAAUGCCGGCGGGUUGAUAGGGCCGGAAAUGUCGCCAAGCGUGAUGGAGUGCGGCGGAUGCGGAGAACGCGUCCGUGAGCGCACUGUUCUUUGCGUCGGCGGUCGAACUUGGCACUCGAGGUGCUUGAGGUGCUGUGCUUGUGCCAGGCCGCUACAUGAUCAGCAUUCCUGCUUCUUGAAGGGCAUGAGACUCUACUGCAGGCAUGACUACGCUCUAACUUUUGGCGCAAAGUGUGCGAAAUGUGGCCGAAGCGUGGGUGCCGGGGAUUGGGUGAGAAGAGCCAGGGAAAGGGUUUACCACUUGGCGUGUUUUGCAUGCGACGCCUGUUCUCGUCAACUUUCCACGGGCGAACAGUUCGCCCUCUUGGACGCCAGAUUGCUUUGCAAAGCUCACUACCUGGAUGUAGUCGAAGGCAACAACACUUCUUCCGAUGAAGGCGGUGACUCGGAGAGCGGGCACAAGAGCGGUAACAAGGCGAAGAGAGUGAGAACCACGUUCACGGAGGAACAGCUUUCUGUUCUCCAAGCGAAUUUUCAACUGGACAGCAAUCCGGACGGCCAAGACCUGGAGAGGAUAGCGCAUGUGACCGGACUCAGCAAAAGAGUUACGCAGGUUUGGUUCCAGAAUUCUAGGGCAAGGCAGAAGAAGCAUCUGCACACGGGCAAAAUGAAAGGGCAACACGUUCAUCAGUCACCACCAAAUUCUACCGCUUCCACAGGCGAUUUCAGUCGGCACAUCAAUUUACAUCUGACCUAUUCGUUUCAACAUCAACAGCAACACCAUCAUGGCCCCCAACCGCCGCAGCUGAGUCCAGCUACGUGCAAAAGCCCAACGCCAUCCCUCUAUCAUAAUCAUGGUCUACUCUCUAUCGCAACACCGUCAACUCUGUCUUCAGGCUCGGAACAAUCGAUGGACGAACUGUCGCAAGACUCGAUGAUGUUGUCGAUGCCGAACGAGGUUUAAUCGCCGAUGGAUUAGCCGCAUAUUGUAAAUAUUCUUUGUUUAAUCUUAAGGUUUCUUUCCCACGUUCAUGAAUUAUUCUUGGUGAACACGUUACUCAUUUCGACUUUAUUUCUUCCACCGACCAUAUAGAUAGAAUAUUAUUAUUAAUUAUUAUUAAUUAUUAUUAAUAUAGAGUAUUAUUGUUAUUCAUUAAAAUGUCGCGAUCGAAGCUUUGACUUUGAAAGGCACAAGCUUUUUCUCGAUAUUCGUUGAAAAAAAAUUGGCCAAGUAACACAGACGAUCCUUGUCCAUAUUUAUCCUUUACCAAAGAAGCGAAAGAAUAUUCUAUAUCUUCUACUUUUGUCCAACAUAUUCCAAUUUUUUUUUUUUU